CUUACUGAUACUCGAUACAUUUAGGAGAGGUCAACGCGCCGCAGUCCCACCAACUUCACUAAACCAGCAAUCGGUCGGACACUUGCCGUCUUGUAAUCAGGAAUGGCCACCGGGACAACUGAACAAUGGCACAUUAGACCGCAGCGACCGGAGAACCCGGUGGUCUUUUUCGACGUGAAUGUUGGCGAGCAGCCGGCUGGCCGCGUAAAAUUUGAGCUCUUCGCGGAUAUUUGCCCAAAGACGGCUGAGAACUUUCGGCAGCUCUGCACGGGCGAGUACCGGAAGAACGGGCUACCAGUCGGAUACAAGAAUUGCACAUUCCACCGAGUUAUCAAGGACUUCAUGAUCCAAGGCGGCGACUUUGUAAAGGGCGAUGGCACGGGCUGCGUCAGCAUCUACGGCAGCCGCUUUCCGGACGAGAACUUUAUUGCGAAGCACACGGGGCCCGGACUCCUAUCCAUGGCAAACAGCGGGCCCAACAGCAACGGCUGCCAGUUCUUCAUCACGUGCGCCAAGACCGAGUGGCUUGACAACAAGCACGUUGUGUUUGGCCGCGUCAUCGACGACGGGCUGCUGAUUGUGCGCAAGCUGGAGAACGUGCUGGUGGACAAGCAGACCAACCGGCCGCGCCUGCCCUGCAUCAUCAAGGAGUGUGGGGAGAUGUGAGGCGGGAUGUGAAAGGGGUUGGGGCUGUGGAGCGGGGGCUGCGCGGGCUGCGGGGAGGAGUUUCAGGCCAGGAGCUGGCGCAGCGCUUGUCGUAAGCUUACAGGAUGGGGCGGCGAACGGGCGGCGAUAGGCUACCGCGGUGGGAGAGCAUGAGAGGUGGCAUUGCGGAGCCGCGUUUUGGAUGUCGCGGCGUGUUACCUCGUGAGCUGAGCGCCGAUGGAUAGGCGCUGCUGUGGAAAGCAGACCCAGCAUUCGGAGGGUGGAGGCGGCACUGGAGCGUGUUUCCUGAAACGCGGGUGUGUGGGAUACAGUUUCAUGUGACAAUUGAUCAGGAUAAGGCUGGUGGGGCGUUGCAGAGGCUGUCAGGCUGAACAAGUCACCUAGUGAACACGCACAAGGUUGGAGCACGGUUGGAGCACGGUUGGAGCAUGGCAUUUAGCCACGCACCACUGUUUGUCCUGCCUCUGCCCGCGUGCCGGGCUGCCCCGGCCGUGGACUCAGGACCUCGGAAUGGUGGGAGGGAUGGGGCAUGGCAAGGGGCAGGUUGGCGUAUUCCUGUAGUGUGCAGCGUAUUCCCAGACCCCAACACUCAGUUCACAACGUCAGGCAAGAUUGCGUGGCGGGUAAUGGGGUAGAACGCAGGAGUUUCUGUACCGCGACAUCGCUGACUUGCUGACCUGCAGGCUGAUACGGGCUGAUACGGGCUGGUAGUUCGCUGACGCGCAUUCCUCACGCUCGGGGCGCCCAGUCGCCCGGCUAUGCGAUUGCACAGGAAAGGUGGAAGGCAAUGAGGCAUUUGGCCAGGGGUCCAGAGGUGAAUGUUGGUGCAACGCUGAGUAACGUUGUCGGACAGACGCAUGACACGCCCCUCCUCGCAUGACACGACCUUCCCCUGCUGCCCCUUGGGAGGGAAGCCCCUUGUCGGGCUGUCCCUUCAAUUGUAAUUCGCAUCCUUGAUGGGGAUGGAAACGGUGUAUCUGCCUCAGGAACCCCUACGACGCGUGCCAGGGUACUCGACUUCUUGACAAGGCUGGGUCACAGUAUGUACGGAAGUUGAAAGCUAUCGACACACGCAAGAUGUUCAUAGAUACUGCGACAGGAAGGUUAAGGUGAGGGACGACGGGGCGUAUCGUGCUCAGGAUUUGUGCCUCCCCUGGUGUGUAUGUUGCAUUUGGAUGUGCGAUGGGACAGUGUUUCGGCAUGUUGCAUGUGGAUAUUGCAUGUGGGCAGGGGUGCAUGUGGGUGCAUGGGAAGUCCGAACCGGCCUACAUCCGA